CAUGUCCUAAGCCAUAGAAAGAAUCAAUAUUCAAUAUUGUUCAGCAAUGGCCACUACAACCCAAAAGCCACUCAUCACUGACUUAGCCUCCACCGUGAAUCGUGUACCCUCUAAUUUCAUUAGGCCCCUUUAUGACCGUCCAAACCUUCAACAACUUCAAUCCUCCACCGCUUCCAUUCCCAUCAUCGACCUUCAAGGUCUUGAUGACUCCAAUCGUUCACAGAUCAUCCAAAACAUUGCCCAUGCUUGCCAAAACUAUGGCUUUUUUCAAAUUGUGAAUCAUGGAGUUCCAGUGGAGGUGGUGAGUAGCAUGGUGAAUGUGUCAAAAGAGUUCUUCCAAUUGCCAGAGGGGGAGAGGUUGAAAAACUACUCUGAUGACCCAUCCAAAACAACCAGGCUUUCAACCAGUUUCAAUGUCAAGACUGAAAAAGUUUCUAAUUGGAGGGACUACUUGAGACUUCACUGCCACCCCCUCGAGGAUUACAUUCAAGAAUGGCCAACCAACCCUCCAUCUUUCAGGGACGAUGUUGCAGAGUAUAGUAGAAAGAUGAGAGAGUUAUCAAUGAAAUUACUAGAGGCAAUAUCAGAGAGUUUGGGGUUGGAAAGGGAUUACAUAGAUAAAGCAUUAGGGAAACAUGGGCAGCACAUGGCCAUAAAUUACUACCCUCGAUGUCCUGAGCCAGAGCUAACAUAUGGAUUGCCAGCUCAUGCUGACCCAAAUGCCAUUACCAUUCUCCUCCAAAAUGAGGUUCCUGGUUUGCAAGUCCUCAAUCAUGGCAAGUGGGUAACCGUCAAUCCUGUCCCUAACACCUUCAUCGUCAACAUUGGCGACCAAAUUCAGGUGAUAAGCAACGAUAGGUACAAGAGUGUGUUGCAUCGAGCUUUGGUGAAUUGUGAGAAGGAGAGGAUGUCCAUUCCCACAUUCUACUGUCCUUCACCAGACGCAGUGAUAGGGCCAGCUCCUCAACUCGUAGACCAUCACCAUCCUCCUCAGUACACAAACUUCACAUACAGUGAAUACUACGACAAGUUCUGGAAUAGAGGACUCUCAAAAGAAACUUGCGUCGACAUGUUCAAGGCUCCAAAUUAAAUAAGAUCAUCAUGCUGCCAAAAAUGCGCACCACACUUUUUGAACUGUUAUUUCAUUUUGAAUUAGACACCAAUUAGCUUUUAGUUUUAAGUGGAAGGUCUUUAAAGUUUUCCUAGUUCGUAAAUUUAGAUAUAAAUAAAUAAAUAAAAAUCUAUCAUAUGAUUUGCGUGUAUUGAUUAAUAGACGUGAUGGGUUUUAAUCUAUUCAUGUUGUUGUUAAUUUUUUUUUAUCAUAAAGCAUGUAAAUCAAGUUCAAACUAAAAAAAUAUUUGCAAGUUAUGAAAAAUUUAAAGACCUUUCAUCCACAUCUAAAGGUUGGAGGUGUUUAGAU